AUGAAGGUAAUAAGUAGAAUUAUGUUGCGCAAGAAGUUGCAGCAAGAGAAGAAUUCUGAGCAACUUCAACAAGAUAAGAGCACGGGCGACGUAACAUUAGACAACCAUGGACGAGAAGGUGAUAACAAUCGUUUGGCCGACAAUCAACUGCUGCUACGCUAUGCGCAAGGCAAGGAUUUGACACAAAGUUCAUCUUCUUGGGACGAUGAGGAAUCUACCCAAAGAGAGUACUGUGUCAACCUCCACACCUUGCCUGGUCAAACUUCACCAUGGCCUUGCGUUACAGCCCAGCAACACAUUCCCCCACGAAUUGAGAUAUUGAAUGCAAUUCGCCAUAUCAAAAAAUGGCUCAGCCAGUGCGUGAGCCUUGAUAGUCUCGCUCCUUCAGGCCAUCAGUGCCACGAAGUCAGCGGGCUUAUCAUGCCAGUGCUACCUACUCGUGUGCUAGAUGUUCGUUGGGUUGGUCUCGAUGGUAAAGUUUACUUGGUUCACAGCAAUGGAAAACACCAAAAGUACACAACCCUAAGUCACUGUUGGGGCGAUGCAAACCAUGCGCCUAUUACGACCUCAAAGGCCACUGUAUCCGAUAGAGAAUCUGGCAUUGUUCUUGACUCUUUACCAAAAACUUUCCGAGAUGCUAUUUACUCUUCCAGUUUCUUGAAUAUAGCUGCAACUGCUUGCAAGGACAGUACUGUUGGCCUUUUUCAUGACGGCUGGAAUGAGGAGGAUGGAUUCUUGGGGGCGCUGCGUGAGAUUCGAGGGCCAGGAAGUAUUUCAAAUCAUGGCGAUUAUUCGAUUUAUAUGCAGGAGAUAGAUCACAGCCACUUUCACGAUUCCGAACUUCGUAUAGAAGGUCCUCUGAUGUCCCGAGCGUGGGUAUACCAAGAACGUUUCCUGGCGCCUCGAACUGUACACUUCACAUCAGCAGAAAUGAUCUGGGAAUGCGGCAGCAUGGUCGUUUGUGUAUGCCCGUGUGAUAUUCAUCUUGGCCUUGACACAGUACCAAGGUAUCACAACUAUAGCCACCGAGAGAAAAAAGAUCAAUGGUUCGGACAGUGGGGCAUAAUUGAUGAAUAUUCCAAGCACAACCUCAGUAAGCCAGCAGAUCGGCUCCCAGCUAUUGCAGGGAUUGCGUCUCAUUUCGGGAGCCACAAACGUAGGAUAAAUGAUGGGAAAUUGACAACAUCUCGCUACUUUGCUGGUCUUUGGGAAGACAACCUACAUCAUGAUUUGCUAUGGCGUGUGAUCUUUCCGGAGAAUAAACCUCGUGAGGUAGUUCGGAUCGUCCCAUACAAUGCGCCCACAUGGUCAUGGGCUUCUCUGGAUUCAAAAUUUAUAUCAAGUGGAAAGCCAGGUCAGGGUGUUAACAUAGGAAAUCACUACAGUACCGGUGGUAUAGCCCCUGAUUUCAAAAUUUUGAAUUGCUUUACAACGCUAAUCGAUCCGUCUAAUAUAUACGGUGGUGUUAAAAGUGGAAAGAUUGUUUUGCAGGGAAGAUCCGUUACACCAACAAAAGUAAAAUUGUUCAUCGAGGAAAUUCAAUGUUACAAAUUUUUCUUCCAUGGUAUCAAAGCACGUGGACGAGCGAUAAAAGACAAUCAAAAUUUUGGGAAGCCGAUGGCAGAUAUCCCACUGAGGUUUUCCAAAGACAGAGUCGAUUGUGGAGAAUUACAUUGCUUGUGGAUCAAUUCAUUCCAGGGUGUUAGGCGUAAUGAUUACCGUCAUUUAGCACUAGUCUUGAAGCAAUCAGAAACUUCAGAGAUAUAUGAGAGAGUGGGUAUUGCCACGUUUGAUAAAGGUGGCAUAGCAGUCGGUGGUAAAAUCAGUGAUUCUACUUUUGGUAAAUUUAUGGAAUCUAUCUGGAGCAGAAGUAGCAUCCAAACGUUUGAGGUUGUCUAA